CAUCCACCGAAAUCUAUGAUCAGCUCGGUGUGUGUCUCCUCCUACCGUGGACGCAAGUCUGGGAACAAACCACCCUCCAAAACAUGCCUGAAGGAAGAGAUGGGCAAAGGGGAAGAGUCGGACAAGAUCACCAUCAAUGUAGGUGGUACCCGGCAUGAGACCUACAAAAGCACCCUACGGACUUUGCCGGGCACCCGCCUGGCCUGGCUCGCCGACCCCGAUGCCCAGAGCAACUUUGACUUUGAUGGUAAAAGCAAUGAGUUCUUCUUCGACCGUCACCCCGGCAUCUUCUCCUACGUGCUCAACUACUACCGUACCGGCAAGCUGCACUGCCCCGCGGACAUCUGCGGACCCCUCUUCGAGGAGGAGCUGACCUACUGGGGCAUCGAUGAGACGGACGUGGAGCCCUGUUGCUGGAUGACCUACCGCCAGCAUCGCGAUGCCGAAGAGGCCCUGGACAUCUUCGAGAGUCCUGAGCCCGGUGGAGGGGCUGGUGGAGAGGAGCCUGAAGAGGAAGGGGGUAGGGAGAUGGCCCUUCAACGCCUGGGCAUGGAUGACAGGCCUCCAGGGGCAGCGGGGGCUGCCGGAGGGGGUGGCUGCUGUCGGAACUGGCAGCCCAGGAUGUGGGCACUCUUUGAGGAUCCCUACUCGUCCAAGGCGGCAAGGGUAGUUGCUUUUGCCUCGCUUUUCUUCAUCCUGGUCUCCAUCACAACCUUCUGCCUGGAGACGCACGAGGCCUUCAACAUCGACGUCAACGUGACGGAGACCCUCGUGGUUGGCAACACCACGACGAUCCUGCUGACGCAUAAAGUGGAGACGGAGCCCAUCCUUACCUACAUCGAAGGGGUCUGCGUCCUGUGGUUCACCCUCGAGUUCCUGGUUCGCAUCAUCUGCUGUCCAGAUAAGCUUCUCUUCAUUAAAAACCUGCUCAACAUCAUUGACUUUGUGGCCAUCUUGCCCUUCUACCUGGAGGUAGGUCUCAGUGGCCUGUCCUCUAAAGCUGCCCGGGACGUACUGGGCUUCCUACGGGUGGUCCGUUUCGUCCGGAUCCUCCGGAUCUUCAAGCUGACACGGCACUUUGUGGGUCUCCGGGUGCUGGGCCACACGCUCCGGGCCAGCACCAACGAAUUCCUGCUCCUCAUCAUCUUCCUCGCCUUGGGGGUCUUGAUUUUCGCCACUAUGAUCUACUACGCCGAGCGGAUCGGAGCCAAGACGUCCGACCCCCGUGGGAGUGACCACACUCACUUUAAGAACAUCCCCAUCGGGUUCUGGUGGGCUGUGGUCACUAUGACGACCCUGGGCUACGGCGACAUGUACCCCAAGACCUGGUCGGGCAUGGUGGUGGGGGCUCUCUGCGCGUUGGCUGGGGUGCUCACCAUCGCCAUGCCCGUGCCCGUCAUUGUCAAUAACUUUGGGAUGUACUAUUCAUUGGCCAUGGCCAAGCAGAAGCUGCCAAAGAAGAAGAAAAAGCAUAUACCCCGUCCGGCUCCGCUGGACUCCCCUACCUACUGCAAAUCUGAGGAGAACUCCCCCCGGAACAGCACCCAGAGUGACACUUGCCCGUUGGCGGUAGAGGAGGGGGCGGCUGAGCGGAAACGGUCAGACUCUAAGCAGAACGGUGAGGCCAACGUGGUGAUGUCAGACGAGGAGCAGCCGCUGUCGCCGACUGACGAGGAGAAGCGGCCCAUGCGGCGCUCCAGCACCCGGGAUAAGAACAAGAAAUCCUCCACGUGCUUCCUGCUGGCCACGGGUGACUUCUCCUGUGCAGCGGAUGGAGGCAUCCAGAAAGGCUAUGGAAAAUCCCGAAGCCUAAGCAGCAUAGAUGGUGUGGCAGGAUCCACGGUGGGCUUGGCUCCCCUCGCGUCCCGCUGCAGCUCUCCCUGUCCUCUGCAGCGUCCCUGCUCUCCCGUCCCCUCCAUCCUCUAA